AUGCUGCUGUCUCGCUGUUAUUGCAUCACUUUAUUGCAAAGGAGAGCAUUAUCCUCUAUUGCUGCAAGAGCAACAACAUCAUCCCAUGUCGUAAAGUCAAGCACUGGCAGGGGCAACAAUCUUCGUCCAAGCGAAUACGAGCUAAGAGUCGGGUUUGCGAUCCGGGUCUUGCAGGAUGAGCUCCCUCAAUUCUUUCAACACGGGCUAAAGGAACACAGCAUUUACUCACAACACAUUGUACUAUCCGAUCCUCAUUAUACUCGACUCUCGGUGCCAGGGCGUACAGCAUAUUUGGGAAUUGCAGAAACGCUUCGCUGGAGCCUAAGGCUCUAUUUUGAUGAUAUCCUGUUCGAGAUCACGCGCCUUCGCGUUCAACCAGACCAGUUAGAAAUACGAUGGCGCUUAGAAGGACAUCGUCACCCAUCCUUGUUUCUAGGACGCAUGCUGGGACUUCAUACAACGGGGCCUAUGAGACAUUAUGAAGGUGUAUUCUUAUACAAAUUUGAUUCCAAAGGAUACAUCAAUGAGCAUUGCAUUCAACACAUUGUGCCACCACCCAGUCGACGCAUUUUAUUCAUACACUCUCUUGGAGGUCGAUUGCGUGCAUAUUGGGAGGAGAUGAAAAAACGUCGUGUUCCUGAAUUAAGUCCAGUAUAG